CCGCAUGACGUAAGCGGCAGCCUGAAAGUGCAAUGGCGAUAUUGGACAAUAACAGCCAUCGCUUUCGGGGGAGCACGUCUAUAUUAUGUGGCUAACGUUGAAGAAAACACCUCCAGUCGGCUGCAAAACCACAUGCGAUAUCUGCACGCUGCGCGAGCGACUACCUGCGACCGGGAAAGGUGAUUCCACAGCCUCUGCACGCGAUGACAGUUUAGACUAAAAAAAAGAAAAAAACAGACGCUGGUGUGACGUGUGAACAGACACCAUGGCCACGCAGGAGCCGUCCCCUCCCUCGUCCAUGGAGAGCAACAAACCCGGCUUCCCCAAGAAGAUCCUGGGCAACCAGCUGGAGGACAAGCACCUGUGCAACUGCUGCCACAACAUCCUCCGACGGCCGUUUCAGGCGCAGUGUGGACAUCGCUUCUGUUCCUACUGCUUCAACAGGACUGUGAGUAAUGGACCUCAGAAAUGCAGCGCCUGCAUUAAAGAGGAUAUUUUUGAGGAUCCUACAUCGAUUUUGAAACAAGGAUGUGCUUUUCCUGACAACGCAGUGCGACGGGAAGUGGAAAACCUUUCAGCUGUUUGUAUCAAUGAAAGUUGCAGUUGGAAGGGCAGCAUUAAAGACUACGAGCUGAACCACGAGGGGAAGUGUGAGUUCAUGAUCAUCCCCUGCCCCUCCUGUAAAGAACGAAUUCGCUUCAAUGAACAGGAGCGCCACAACGAGCGAGAGUGCCCAGAGAGGACGCUCAACUGCAAGUACUGCAAGGAGCCGUUUCACUUCAAAAACAUCAAGGCACAUGAUGAGAUCUGUCCCAAGUACCCGAUGAUCUGUGAAGGCUGUGCCAAGAAGAAAAUCCCCAGAGAAAAGUAUGUGGACCAUAUUAAGUUCUGCAGCAAAUUCAGAACUCCGUGUCGAUUUCAUGUCGUGGGAUGUGACAUGUCUGUGGAAAAGGAAAAGAUUCAUGACCACGAGCGCGCCUUUGCCUACGAGCACCUCAAUCUGUUGCUGCACUACAUUAUGGGCAUGAAAGUGAGCAUGGAGGGCCUGCAGCCCCAGGGACUGGAACUAGCCGGACACAAACUGGUGGAACUCCAACAGUCCCUCAGGGAGCUCGAGGCCAGAGUCUCCCAGCUUAGCACCACCUCCUCUGGGCCUCCCGUGCAGGGAGCCGCCGCCGCCGCCGCCUCCUCAUCCUCCAGCUCCGGUCCCCCUGGUCUGACCGCUUCAGCUCACCUCCCUCCGCCGCCCACUCUGGCUCCCACUCUGUCCGUGUCCACCUCCUUCACGCCUCUGCCCAGCUCGGUGGGCGCGGCGCUGGAGCUCCAGCUCCACAGCGAGAAGACCAAAGUGGUGGAGCUGGGUCGCAGGUGCACGGAGCUCGAGGUCAAAUCCGGCACGUUUGAGAAUGUGGUGUGUGUCCUGAACAGAGAGGUGGAGAGGUUCGCCACCACCAUGGAGGCCAGCAACCGCCAGCACAAACUGGACCAGGACAAGAUCGAGGCUCUGAGCAACAAGGUGCGACAGCUGGAGAGGACGGUGGGGCUGAAGGACCUGACGGUCGCUGAGAUGGAGGGCCGGCUGAGGGAAAUGUCUGCCACGACCUUUGACGGCGUCUUUGUCUGGAGGAUCUCCGAUUUUGCCAAAAAGAGACAGGAUGCAAUCGCAGGUCGAGCCCCUGCCAUGUUCUCACCAGCCUUCUACACCAGUAAGUAUGGCUACAAGAUGUGUCUGCGGAUCUACCUGAACGGAGACGGGACGGGGCGCGGCAGCCACUUGUCCCUGUUCUUUGUGGUGAUGAGGGGACUGAGUGAUGCUCUGCUCAAAUGGCCUUUCAACCAGAAGGUGACUCUGAUGCUGCUGGACCAGAGCAACAGGGAGCACAUCAUCGACGCCUUUCGACCCGACGUCACUUCCUCCUCCUUCCAGCGGCCUGUGAGCGAGAUGAACAUUGCCAGCGGCUGUCCGCUCUUCUGCCCGCUCUCCAAGCUCGACGCCAAGAACUCGUACAUCCGUGACGACACCAUCUUCAUCAAGGCCAUCGUGGACCUCACCGGCCUCUAGACCCCCCCCCCAUACCUGCGGUUUGGCAUCCAGGCAGCUCUUUGACCAUUAAAAGCUUCAUUUGGGCUCAAUGGUGGUCCCUUUAGGGCUCUGUUCAGGCCUCUCACUGUCCCCCCUUGCAGUGUGGCUGCAGACUGCUCCGUCCGCGACGGCGCUGACAUCGUCAUAUCCAGGUGGUCUCUAUGUGAGGACCACCGUCCAUUGCCGUACAUUUCGGGGUGCGAAAAGCCUUUUUUUGGGGGGUAAAAUGUCACUUCAGGCGUGCACAUAACGUUUUCAGUUUUAAAAAAAGGACACAUGAGCACCGGUGCAGUGAGGUCAGCGCAGUGUUGAGUAGGAGCAGAGAUGAUGAAGAAGAGUGCAAGAAAGAGUGCAAAAAGAGUGAGUAAGCAUCUUACUUUAAGCCCCUACAGUGGAAGGCAUGCGCGCUAGAACAGGGUUGUAGAUUACAGGCAGCUGGCGUGAUCAUUCUGAUGACUUCUCGUAGAGUUAGAGCAUGGCUUGACUGCAACUUUUUUUCUUUCUUGCAGAUUGUGGAUAUUGUGAGCUUCUCAAUUCCAGUGUCGAGUGAAUUUGCAUAGACAAACGUGGAGUUAUGUUAUGAAUAAGAUUACAGGCAUUUAUUUUGCCUUUUUUUAAAUUUUAAUUAAAACUUUUUGGCAUGCCGCUGGCGUUUUAAGUAUAAAAUGACUCCUUAUUUCUCUCACUGAGCUUUACGAAAAAGCUUCCUCGUUUGUUGUUGAACUCGUUAGUGAAUUAGCCAUCCGUGAUGGUGGACAUUGCCUGCACGUCUUUGGAGCCAGGCUACUUUAACAUGUAAAGUUAGUGUUAUUUGUUCCUAUUAGGGGUUUGUUGGUGGUUCUGAUUGGUGGUUUGGUACAUCUGUGGAAGAUACAGUGGAGUUACCAAGGAGUCAGGGCAGCUUGCCGGUCAAGCCUGAGGCAUUAAACUCUGACACAACAUCAAACAUAGCUGGAGUUUCCCCCCCCCCACCCAGGAUAUGCUCACUAGCUCACAUCUCAACACAUAGUACUGUGCCCCCACCACAGACUCGAGGUCAACACAGGUUUCCGCGAAAUGAAGGAAUUGUCCGUUCCUUGUUUUCUGUCCAUACAAGUAUACAAAGUGUGUGUUUCUGCUGCUCUUAAGAUAGAAUCUAUAAUAUAUAUAUAUAUAUAUAUAUAUAUAUGUCGGUGCAAAUAUACAUGAGGUAAAUGUGUGCGGAGGCUGAGAAGCGACGUGAGAAACGAGAGAUUGUAACACUUUUGUCGUUGGGUGAACGGGGCGCCGUUAUUGACGUUACUUAUUGCAGAUGUUCAGCGCAGCCUCUCCAGAUAACUCUUCAGUGUUCUUAAAUGUGCUCUCGCUGCACAAUGAUCCACAUUAUAACGUGUAAUUCUUCUAUGUGUCCACCAGAGGUUGCUGUUCUGCUCACUUAGCAUGCAUGCUGAGGUUGUUGAGGUUUCACGCUGGCCUGUUUGAAAACCAGUCUCGACCUGUAUUGGAACCUCUCUGUGCAUGGGAGGCUUCAAUCCAUUAUUCACUAUGGAGUCUUUCGCAUUCGGGUUUACCCCCGUGGGCCGCCGCGUGUGUGAAAGCGUUUAUUUGUGAGUUGUUUGGAUGAAAACAAUAAUCAUAGAAUAGUUAUUAUGUUAUAUCUGGCGCUGCGUGUGUUCAACAGUAGCAGCCGCCUAUAUUCAUAGCAAUUUAUAAAUACGUACCUUUCAUAUAAUGUUGAAAUAAUCUAUAUAUCAAUGUUAAUAUACACGAGAUGUUAUAAUAAACAUAGUAUUACUGAAUACCUUAUUAAUUCUAUAUCUAUAUACCAGCUUUUUGUUUGUCAAGAUGGUUUGAACAGGCCAGGACCCCCCCCUUGUGCAGUAAGGACUUAUGAUUCCUUCUAGAGUGCAAUAUAUAUAUACGAUUAUGUCUGUGAUAUUUUGAUGACACUUUGGCUUUAAGGGUUUACAGAAGUCGUACUCGACUCAUUUGUUCACAUCGCUCAUUGUGACGCCGAAGAACUGCAACCGCUUUUUAAGACACGCCGCUUUUUCCUCGUCAUCGAGCGUAGUUUUUAUUCAUGAAGUGAGGCUUUAGAGAGACGUUUUUUAAUGUUGAGGACUUCGUGCUAUAAGUGAGGUUUCUAUUAUUAACUUUAAAAUAAAAAAACAACGUUUCAGUGAAGACUGAGCAUGUAAUGAGGAGGAUGAACAUGACAUUUUUUAAGUGGUCUUGUAUCGUGCCAAAAUCAAAUAUUACCUCCGUAUACUAAUGAUGUUGUAUUUGCAAGUUAUAUUUUAUGUUCUAUGCUAAAAUAUGGUGCCAAAUAUGUUUAUAUUUGAAUUUGUGCUGCGUGUGUGUGUGUGUGUGUGUGUGCCAUUUUAAUAGGAUGCAUGGGUCACCCCUUCUCUAAGAAUAUGAAUAUUCCCCCAUGAAUACAGAAACCCUCCCCAGGUUUUGCUUUUGAAUGUAAGAUGUAGAUUUAUUUUUUUCUAAACGCAAAGCAGCAGUUCUGUAAAAGUGAUGCAGUCGACUUGAACCAACUUUAUUUGUGCACUUUGUAUCGGUUGUUUGUUCAAAACAGGGUAUUUCGUUGAGUGAUUUAUGUACCUUGAAAUAUAUAUAUGUAUAUAUAUAUAUUUAUUCUGACGUUGAUAAUAUUGAUGUGUUACGAUUACAAAAGGACAUGCAGUAUGUAAUAAAGGUUGCUGGUUUCAGCU